CCUCUCCUCAGAACAGCAGCCACACACACUGCUCCGUCAGGAGUGUGCAAGUGAUACUUCUUCCCUCACCAGACUGUCUGACAGGGGAACACACCAAGUCUCACCUUUCUGUUUCUGCCUGGUAGCAGUACUGAGCCUUGGGCAGCUAGCACAGCCUAGUGUGUUCACAAAUGCCGAGGCUGAGAAAGUUCCAGAAAGGUGGCCACACAUAGGUGCUGGGGCCUCACACAUGAACAGCAUGGUGCCCAUCCUGGGCCACACCCAUUUGCACAUAAACUGUCUCCUGGGAGGAGUGUGGCGGGCCUAAGGAGGUAAGAUGUCAAGGGCUGCUCCCGGCAGGCAGGCGGGAAACCAUGGCACUCCCCCUUCUUGCCUCUCAAUUCACCUCAGAAGCUAUUGUUUGUCCCCACUGCCAUAGCUGAUGCUCUGGACUCUUCCCCAAGAGACUUGGGCGGCUUGGGCAACUGGAUCUCACACAUACCUGAGUGGCUACUUAGGGCCAUCCUUGAAUCUGUCCCUCGGACAUGUAUACUGCUGAAACAUCAGCUGUGGCCACUACCACAGCUGGCUGACAGGGGGGGCCAGACGAAGUGACUGUUCUCUGGUGGUGAGGAAUGGAGGAACCCCUCCCAUUGUGUGGACGUUCUGUGGGUUCUCUGGGAGCAGGCAGGCGGUAAAUGGGAUAAAGGAUAGUGCUAGAAGUCCUGUGAACAUGUAGGUGGCACACAGAGGUGCGUGUGCCCUGCCCUGGAGUAGGGUAGCCAUGUGAAGUGUAUGUGUACACAAGUGCAUGCAGGACUGGGAGAGACGGGAAAGGAAGAGACCCUGCAAAUAUGCCUUCCCCGAUGAAAAUCUUCUCAACAAGUCCUGACAGCUGAUCUCUUUCCUGCCUGGAUGUUUGAGCUCUGCCCACCUGACGUGCGUGUGUGUGUGUGUGUGUGUGUGUGUGUGUGUGUGUGUGUGUGUGUGUGUCCACAUGUAUGUAACCCCCAGGUUAGCUGUGCUGAGGAGGGAGCCUGCCUCUCCAUUUCCGGAAUACUCUUCGGCAGGACAGGAGUCCGCCCAGAGCCUCCUGCCCCCAUCCUUGGCUUCUCUGGAGACGUCAGAGGAGGCCCCAGCAUCCAUCCCUUCUUCCUUCAGACCAGCCAGAACUCCUUUUAACCCAGGUGUUUCUAGCGGCCUCCCUGACACCCCAGUCAUGGUGUUCACAAGGACAGGACUGUGGCUGGCAUGCUGCUUCUGCCUCUUUGAAUGGCACUGGGCCCAGGGCUGCCCACCACUGGGCCUCACGUGGAUCAGCAGUCCCUGAGAGUCUGCUGUAACCCAGCUUUCUACAAGACCCACACAUCCCACGAUGGACGUGCUUAUUGACCGCUGUCCAUGUGUGUCCUGGAUGACUGUCUGGGGGCUGGUGUCUCUUGCAUGUUCUCAGAUAAGUGUGUGCCGCCUGCCCUCCACAUACCUACAACCGACAUGCCCAAAUGUGCCCCUUGGUGGUCCUAGGCCCACGCCAGGACUCAGUGCUUCCACCGUCCCUUCUUCGCCUCUCACAAAGCACACCGUGUGUCCGUCUCAUGUGCCCGUGGGUCAUCACGCUCUUGUCAUGCCUUGGGCGUGUACACAUGAUGUGUUCUAUGCACUCACCCUGCCCUACCCACCUCACAGAGAAGGAGAUGGUUGGCCCCUCGCUCCUCCCCCACCAGCCUCUCCCGGUGCCCUGCUGUGCAGCUGUGCGCGUUGGUGUGUUUCUGUGUCGCUGGCGUGUCGUGUGAUGUAGCCAUGUUUGCUGACAUGAGCCCCUGCCCCCUUCUCUUUUUCUCCAUUGGUUUCUAGAACUCUCUCCCUCCCCUCCCCUGAGGGGACAGGACUCCUGGGGCCUGCUGGGGGCCCAGAGCCUGGCCACCCUCCUGUUAGCCUUCAGUCUUAUUUCUCUCGAUUGGUGACCAAGUUGCAAAUGGAUAAAAUACAGGAAACUCUGACCCCUGCCCCAGACCUGCAUGUCCUGUCCUCAGAGUCCCCGAACCCCAUCCUGGGCCAGGUUGGGCCUGCUGGGACGGGAGAAAUAGCAACUAAUCCAACAGCGGG